AUGCCUCCCCAAACUGUACCCUAUGGUCAAUGGGGAAGCCCGCUCACCGCCGAGGUGUUGGCAACUUGUAGUAUAUCCCUUCACGACGUUGUGGUUGAUGAAUCCAUUGGCGCGAUAUACUCUGUUGAGUGCCGCCCCACUGAGAACGGUCGCUUCGCCAUCGUGCAGCAUCUAGACGGACAAAAGAAAGACGUCCUUCCUAGAGAAUUGAGCGCCCUGGCAACAGUGCAAGAGCUCGGCGGCGGCUCUGUAUCUAUGAGACACGAUGGCCAGAUCUUAUUAUCGGAUGAAAAGUCUUGCCAUAUCUACUUGCUAGAUCCAUCGACAGGCCAGGCUAAACUCCUCCAUCCAGCGGAGAAAGGCAUCCGCUAUGGGGAUUUUUGCAGUCAUCCCACAAACCCACAAUGGAUAGUUGCAAUUAAGGAAGACCACAGAGAGGCUACCCCCGAAACCCAAGCAACCCAUGUUCACAACACCCUGGUUGCCUUCGACAUGAAUUCGAACAAAGAAGUCAUCAUCGCCCAAGGAGACGAUUUCUAUUCCCACCCUAAGUUUGACCCUUCCGGAAAUCAUCUCUCUUGGAUACAAUGGUCACAUCCAGAUAUGCCCUGGACCGGAACAGUUCUGUAUACAGCAGAAUGGCACGAUGGCGCUUUGCAAAAUGUGACCCGCAUCGCAGGAAAGGCUCGGGAAGAGAGUAUCGCCCAACCCAAAUGGGGUUUGGACGGUAGAUUGUACUUUGCGAGUGACCGGACAGGAUUCUGGCAACUAUACUCAUUCCACCCGGAAAAUGGACAUCUAAGUCAUCUACAGUUUGAUGGCAUGGACAAAUCCGACUUUGCUAUUGCUGAAUGGGAGCUUGGAAGCUCUACAUAUAUUUUUCUUGAUGAGAAAACCAUAGUGGCGACCGUCAUAACUCAUGCAACUAGCAAAGUUGUGUUAAUCGAUCUUGUCUCUUUGUCGGCUCAAGAUCUCCAUCUUCCAUAUGUCGAUAUUGGAAGUCGUGGCAAUGGGCUCACUCGAGUUUCGUCUACCAGCUUUACAGUUGUUGGCUCAGCAGCUACUUCCCCACAAGAACUAGCUUUGAUCUCGGUGUUGCCAUCUGCUGCUACAGAGAAAAUUGUGCUUACUUCGACUGCUUCGUUUGAAAUUUCACCGGAGUAUGUCUCGCUCGCGACAGAAUAUACGGCCCCUCAAAAAUACGGCCCUCGAUGCGAUGGAGAUGUUCAUAUGUUCUACUUUCCUCCUCGUAACCCAGAGUUCCAAGCGAAUGAUACAACUCUACCGCCACUCCUAGUUUAUGUACAUGGUGGUCCCAAUGGAUGUGUGACUCCUGCGUUGAAUCUGGAAAUCCAGUACUGGACCACACGCGGCUUCGCCGUUUCUGCGGUCAAUUACACCGGUUCCACUGGAUUCGGCCGUGAUUAUUGUGAGCGACUCUCUGGAUACUGGGGCCUUGUCGAUGUUGGGGACGCUGUCAGCGCCGUUGAAUUCCUAGGAAGUAAAGGGUUGGUCAAUACGGCGCGAGUCGGCAUAUACGGCGGAAGCGCUGGUGGGUACCUGACUUUGCGAGCUCUGCAUAUGUAUCCCGAUGUAUGGGCUGCGGGUAUAAGCUCUUAUGGCAUCAGUGAUGUGAAGGCACUCCAGGCAGACUCUUACAAGUUUGAAAGUCAAGAUGUGGACCGCUUGUUACUUUCUAAAACAAAGCCUGAGGACAGAGAAAUGGAGCUUCAAAAUCGCAGCCCAUGCUUUUAUGCCGAGCGGAUGAAGGCACCACUGUUACUCUUGCAGGGAACCAUCGAUAUGGUUGUCCCAGUUGCACAGGCGAGAAUGAUGGCUGAUGCCAUGAAAACGGAAGGAAGAGUUGCAGAGGUUGUCGAGUUCGAGGGUGAAGGGCAUGGUUGGCAUGGGCAAAAGGCUAUCCACGAGUCCUUUUUACGGAAAGAGGAAUGGUGGAAGCGGCAUCUGACUUGA